ACACAGCCAGCAACAUGGCGACCUCCGGUGAGAAUUGUGUCGCUAGCGUGAAGAGAAGACGCAUCAAAGGUGGCUUAAAAGACGCCAAGUGUACAGACAGCAGCAGCAGAAAAAAUGCAGCGCGAACAGUCGAAAGCACCAAGAAAGGAAAGAAACUCCAGUCGUUACAAACGGGGACUUUCUGGCUCACUCGUAUUGCACUGCUGCGCUCCGUUGCCUUUAUUUACUUCGUGGCAUUCAGUGUUGCUUACAACCAGAAUAAACAGCUGAUUGGUGAAAACGGCCUGAUGCCUUGCAAGAGCUACCUCGAUAGUGUCAAACGCUACGUGGAAGGAAAGAUAGGCAUGGCUGCUCUGGCGUACUCACCCUCCAUCCUCUGGUUCUUGGACUGGAACAAUAUGGAUGCCAACCUAGAUGGCAUUGCCCUGUUGGGGAUGGCCCUCUCUGGUUUUGUUGUGGCGAUGGGUAUGGCCAAUAUGGUGAUCAUGGUGUCCUUGUGGGUGCUGUACCAUUCAUUGGUCAAUGUGGGACAGUUGUGGUACUCUUUUGGCUGGGAGAGUCAGCUGUUGGAAACAGGAUUCCUGGCCAUUUUCCUGUGUCCAUUGUGGACUCUGUCUCAAGUACCCCGCCGUUGCCCCCCGUCCCUCAUCUCCAUCUGGACUUUCAGGUGGCUUAUUGUUCGCAUCAUGCUUGGAGCUGGCCUGAUUAAAAUCAGAGGGGACAAAUGUUGGAGAGACCUCACCUGCAUGGAUUAUCACUAUGAGACCCAGCCUGUUCCGAAUCCCAUGUCCUACUACAUGCAUCGCUCCCCCUGGUGGUUCCAUCGCUUCGAGACUUUGUCCAACCACUUCAUCGAACUCAUUGUCCCCUUCUUCACCUUCCUGGGCAGGAGAAUGUGCAUCGUCAAUGGUGUACUCCAGGUCCUGUUUCAGAUAGUUCUGAUAUUGACCGGGAACCUCAGUUUCCUCAACUGGUUGACCAUUGUUCCCAGUCUGGCCUGUUUUGAUGAUGCAUCACUGGGCUUCUUGUUUCGCUCCAGAAGUGGAGCCAGAAAAACAGUACUUAAGAUUCAGGAUGAGGAUAAAACUGGACGAACCCCUGAAGCAACUAAAGGAAUGCAGAUUCGUCACAUUGUCAAUGUGUCUUUGGGCAUUCUGAUUGGGUGUCUGAGUGUUCCAGUGCUCAUGAACCUCCUGAGUCCCAGACAGGUGAUGAACACCUCAUUUGACCCACUGCGCAUCGUCAACACCUACGGGGCCUUUGGCAGCAUUACCAAGGAGCGUACUGAGGUGAUUUUUCAAGGCACUCUGAGUGAGGAUCCCAAAAACCCAAAGGCAGUUUGGGAGGAAUACCAAUUCCUUUGUAAGCCAGGAGAUCCGUACCGGCGGCCGUGUCUCAUUUCCCCAUAUCAUUAUCGCCUGGACUGGCUCAUGUGGUUUGCGGCCUUCCAGACCUACGAGCAAAGUGAAUGGGUCAUUCACAUAGCAGGACGCCUGUUAGCCAAUGAUAGCACAGUCCUGUCGCUGCUGGACCACAACCCCUUCCAGGACAGAGGCAUCCCCAGGUGGGUUCGAGGAGAACAUUUCAGAUAUAAGUUCAGCCAACCGGGCAGUACCAGUGCAGCCGAGGGUAAGUGGUGGCUGAGAAAACGCAUUGGUGCCUACUUCCCUGCUGUGGACCUGGAGGCACUCAGGGGAUACUUCCAGUCCAGGGACUGGCCCCACCCGCAUAUACCAACACAGAAGAAUUGAGGACAACGGUGACAUAGUGAGACACACACAGGACUAUAGAGGUUAAGAGAGCUCAUUAAUACAUUAAAACAAAGAACAUAACUACAUUUGUGUGUCUGAAUUCGGUUGGGACCAACGUUAGCCAUAUGAUCAUCAUGAUGUGUCAGAUUUUUGAAGUAUGCCACUGCUUUUGACCAAAACGAAAUGAGCAAACAAGUCACUCUGCUGCCUAUAUGAUUGUUUAUUCAACUCAGAUGAUUGACAAUGUGAUUUUAACGUUCUUCGAAUAUAGCCACGUUAAACAGCAAAAUAUGUUGCAUACAAUGGGAAAGAAUGAACUGGAACCAAGCCAAUCGCACCAGGGGCCUGUAUAGGGGGAUGCCACCCACUCCCCAAGAACCAGGACCCUCGGUCCAACUGAAGCGCCCUGAACAGUCUCAAAUGGAGGGCCAACGGAUUCCUUUUGCGUUUUCCGUCAAGCUCAGUACUGAAAUACCAACAUUGAGAAAGAAAACAUUUUACUGUCAAGAAUAAUUAUGUAUAUGCUUGUUCAUCACAAUUGGCUUGAGGAAGGUGACAUUUACUGAAUUUAAUGUAACCACCAUAAAGCAUUUUAUAUGGACAUCUGACUGUUUCAAGUCUUGCCUCCCCCUGUCAUUUUAUUUGAUCAGCCUCGCGUGUGCUUAAUGUUUCCAGAAGAUACCUUCAUCUUCUUCAGUAGUGUCAUGAAUUCAAAUGUUUACAAAAUGUGACUGUUGCACAAAUAGGCAGCUGGCAAAAAAAAAAAAAAGUUAAAAGAAAGUUGUAGUAACAACGAAAGACCAAUAGAUGGUGUGAACGAAUAGCAUAAGACCGCAAACUACUGUACACAAUAAUUGAUCACAAUUUACCUCUGUGCAAUUUCUUAUGAUGGCAUUUUUUUCCAAAGCUUGAAACAAAAGCAUGUACAGUGAAUGAUCCAUGUCAUACCAGUAUUUAUUUAGGGUAUUUUCCUUCACAGCAUAUGUUCCAAGUACAUCAGUAACAUGCAGUGCGUCUUGUAGAUGUUUUUCCUCAACCUUUUUAUGGUGCUGGACAGCCUGCAAAUUCUUUAGUGACCCUGAGAAAGAACUGAAAGUUUAUGAAAACAAUGUCUCAAGAAUGCACUUGUGACAUUGUUUUAAUAAACAACCCCAUGGGCAGCUGUUCAAAAUUUCAUGUCCUGUCUCCUGGAGCGACGCAGCCUUGACUUUGUUUAAUAUGUUACAAUGAUGCGUUUUCAAUGCUAAAUUAGGAGCUAAAGCAAGCUGUGCCACCGAAGACUUACUUGUUUUUUUAUAUAUAUUAAAUGGAGUUUAUGCAUAAUGCUGAUCAACGUCAGGGUACACACAGUUACCCCCAAUUUCCCUCAACUAUCUAUGCCAACGACGUACAGUGACAGGAAGAACAUGUUAUUUCACUAAAUGGGAGGUAGGUAUCUCUGUCAUCCACUCUGUAACAUUUUGUUUUGGUGGUGUGCAGUAGAGGUAUUAUGUCGUGAAAUGUUGUAUAUGUGGAUUUGCUUAAUAAAGGUUGGGAAACAUU